UAGGUGAGGUGUAAAAGUCUUCGAGUCGCGUAUAUGUAGGAUACGCUGUAGCCUCCUAAUUCCUCUAGAAUCUCGAACUUGUCGCCGCUCAUACCAGCCGCUCUUUGCCCUUUUCAGCAGACAUUCAUCCGAUCCGAUUCCGCCACCUUCUUCUACGAUGACUUCUUCGCGUGUAGACUACGAGAUGCUGGUCUCAGAAGGAUCACCUCAACCGAUGGAAGCUGUGGCUGAUACGAUUUAUGCACAAGCUGUUGAUGAUCAUCCCUCUGCACGGUUCACUUGGACUAUAAAGAAUUUCUCAACAUUUCUUGGCGAAAAGAUGUCCUCUGACCCCUUUGUUGUUAGAGGAUGUACAUGGCGGGUAGUCGUAUUCCCGAAUGGUGAACACUUAUCAUUGUACCUUGAUGCUGCGGAUUCCAUGACACUGCCAUAUGGAUGGAGCAUAUAUGCUCAGUUCAGCUUGGCAGUAGUUAAUCAAAUGAAUUCUAGUUUUACCGUCAGGAAACAUACACAACAUCAGUUUAAUACUCGAUGCAGUGAUUGGGGUUUUACUUCGUUUAUGCAACUUAAAGAGCUGUGUGAGGAGGGAAGAGGGUAUCUUAUGAACGAUACGUGUGUAAUUGAAGUUGAUGUGACAGUGAGGAGAACUUCUGAGUUUUCGUCACAUAACCCGAAAAGGAAAACGGGUUAUGUUGGACUUAAGAAUGAAGGAGCUAGUUGCUGUAUGAAUUCACUGAUACAGUCAUUAUACCAUUUACCUUACCUCAGAAAGGCUGUAUAUCAGAUUCCGACCGCUGAGAAUGAUAGGCCAUCGGGUAGCGUUCCCCUUGCUUUGCAGAGUGUAUUUUAUAAGCUACAGCAUAGUGAGACUAGUGUAGCUACAAAAGAAUUGAUUAAGUCUUUGGGGUGGGAGAAAAAUGAAUCUUUUAUACAGCAUGAAGUUCAAGAACUAAGUAUGGUUUUCUGUGAGAAACUUGAUGACAAAAUGAAGGGUACUAUUGUAGAGGGUACAAUUCUACAUUUAUUUGAAGGACACUAUGUGAACUUUGUUGAAUGCAUAGAUGUUGACUACAGAUCAUCAAGCAUGAGAUCUUUUUAUAACCUUCAGCUUGACGUUAAAGGUUGUCGAGACGUGUAUGCUUCAUUUGACAAAUAUGUAGAAGUAGAACGACUUGAAGGUGUUAAUGGAUAUUAUGCUGAAACACAUGGUUUACAGGAUGCAAAAAAGCGUAUCCGGUUUCUUGAUUUCCCCCCUGUUCUUCAACUCCAGUUAAAACGUUUUGACUAUGAUUUCAUGCGAGAUACAACGGUGAAGAUAAAUGACCGUUAUGAAUUCCCCCUGCAACUUGAUCUUGAUAGAGAGGAUGGAAAGUACUUAUCACCCGUAGCAAACAGAAAUAUUCGCAAUCUUUACACUCUUUACAGUGUUUUGGUUCACAGCGAUGGAGUAGAUGGCGGGCAUUAUUAUGCCUAUGUCAGGCCUGCGCUUUCUGAUCAAUGGUUUAAAUUUGAUGAUGAACGAGUAAUUCAAGAACACCAAAAUGUAGCAUUGGAUGAACAAUAUGGAGGCGAUGAGUUACGGCAAAUAAAGCUUGGGUUAAACAAUUCUUCAUUUAAUUAUAUAAAGCAAUCUAAUGCAUACAUGCUUGUAUAUAUACGAGAAAGUGAGAAGGGUAAUAUUAUCUGCAAUGUGGAGGAGAAGGAUAUAGCAGAGCACCUUAGAAUAACAUUAAAGAAAGAACCCAAAGAGGCACAUUUAUAUACAAUUAUAAAGGUUUCUUGUGAGGAGGAUCUUCAUAAACAAAUUGGAAAACAUAUAUAUUUUGAUCUAGUGGAUCAUGGUAAAGUUUGUUGUUUCCGUAUCCGAAAACAAGACUCUUUUGCUCUUAUCCAGGAGACAGUUGCUAAAAUAUUUAAAGUAGCAGUGCACUGUCAACGACUUUGGAUGUGGGCAAAACGCAAAAAUCACACUUAUCGCCCUCAUCGUCAAUUGACACCUCAGGAAAAAGCUCAACAUGUCGGAUAUCUAAGAAACUAUAUUACUAAGGAUGACAAUGCUGAGCUUCAUCUGUUUUUGGAAGUAGAAGAUAAAGAGGACUUGCAACCAAUUUCUCCGUGUGAGAGGACUAAAGAUGAGAUUAUGCUUUUCUUCAAACAUUAUGAUCCAUUAAAAGAAGAGCUUCGGUAUGUCGGGAAGCUUUUUGUUAAGCGUACUGGAAAACCAGUUGACAUACUUUCAAAGCUUAAAAAACUGGCUGGUUAUGGACAGGGUGAAGAAAUUGAACUAUUUGAGGAACUGCAAUUUGAACCCAAUGUUAAGUGUGUACACAUUGACAAGAGGCUUAGUUUUGAAGGAAGCAAGCUUGAAGAUGGGGACAUUAUUUGCUUUCAGAAAGUGGUUCAUAUUAAAAAUACCAAUACGAUGCGUUAUCCUGAUGUUGUUUCAUUUCUGGAAUAUGUUCAUAAUCGCCAGAUGAUUGAAAGCCAAAAUAAGUCUACAAUCAACUGAGCCAGAAUAAUAAUGUUUGGAUUCAUUCUCCUCGCAAUGGCAAAGGCAUAACUGCUGCUUCCUAAGGUCUGCUACAAGCUAAAGACUACUGGAUCACAUGGUCUGCGAACCGGGUGAAGACUAAGGUCUGCUGGAAGCAAAGGUCUGAUCACCCUUUGAUUGAAGAAGACAAAGUCUGCUGGAGAAGGUCUUUUGAGGCUUCAACAGAGGAUAGAGCUCAUCAGAGGAUUGAAUCAUCAGAUGUUGUAAUCAGUGUUUCAAAUGUAACAGUGUUUAGUGAUAGCAGAUGUUAGAGGUUGUUAUAGUUGUUAGAUGUCAUUGUCUAGGUGACAUCAGCAUAGAUUCCACAGUGGUUUAUUUUGUACGGGCAAACUGAGUGAUCUAAGGCUGAGGGGGAGUUUGUAUUCAUGCAUACGUGAAUUAUUGUAUGUUCAAUCAUUCAACUUAAAGUAUUCAUGAUGAAAACAAAUCUCUCAUUAUUUGUGAUUUAAA